UUCACAAAUCAUUAAUGAGUGAAUGUAACAAAUCAUGGGGGAAUAUCACAAAUGAUUAAUGAGUAGAAUGUGAAUAGAAUGUGUUCUGAGCAUUUUAGUGCAUAAAUGGAUAGAAUGACGAUACAGUAUGACAUUUACGAUAACUCAGGAUUUAAAAAAAUAGUUAUGACAUGUACUAUAGGUUGUGGGUUUUACUCUCAGCUGUAGAUAUUUUCUGGGAGUCAGUUACAGGAUGAAAAGUAGGUUUCUUUACUAAAUCCUUAUGAGUGUUUCACUGGGGUCUUCCUAAAAGGGCAAAUAACUGGAGGUGUCUAUGUGGCAAAGGGCAGUGAAACUUGUUUUGUUUAUAAGAGUACUUAAGUACACACCAUAACCCUACACUCGGUUAGUGAAGUUUGUCCCGGAAUGCCAGAUGUGGAUAUCACCUUGAUUAUUUGUACCACAUUCUGCCAUAGAUCAGUGUAUCACAUUUCACUUCCCCAGUCUCUGAAAAAGGAUAGAGAUAAAGAUAUUACUUUUGCCUCCUCCCAGUCAUGAAGAUUAUCAGAAAACAGCUGAUUGGCUGUUAUCCCAGACACAGCACAGACCCAAAAUUGCCAUUAUCUGUGGUUCCGGACUGGGUUUGCUGGCUGAUGUCCUCCAGUGCCAAGAUUCCUUCAAGUAUUCUGAAAUACCUGGUUUUCCUCACAGCACAGGUCACUUUUCCAGUAAGGGUGUUCAAGCUUUUGGGAGUGGAGACCCUGAUUGUCACAAAUGCAGCAGGAUAUUUAGCAGACAGCUACCACUGUGGUGACAUCAUGAUCAUCAGGGAUCACAUUAACAUCCCUGGACUUGCUGGUUUGAACCCACUGAAUGGCCCUAAUGACGAAAAAUUUGGGCCUCGCUUUCCCUCCAUGUCUGGCGCUUAUGAUAAAGAUCUGAGAAACCUGGCCUUUGACAUCUGUAAAAACAUGGGCAUGUCACAGUUUGUUCAGGAGGGCGUGUACUGCAUGGUUGGAGGACCCAACUUUGAGAGCAUAGCUGAGGCCCGCCUUCUGCACAGACUAGGAGCAGAUGCUGUGGGAAUGAGCACAGCACCAGAGGUGGUGGUUGCCAAGCACUGCGACAUGCGUGUGUUUGGCCUCUCUCUUAUCACCAAUAAAAUAGCACGGAGCUACGGGGACUCCAGCGCCGUCAACCACCAGUCCGUGCUGGAGAUGAGUGAGAAGAGGGCAGCCGUGCUGCAGGAGCUCGUCACCGAGCUUGUGAACCACAUGGAUGUGAACAACAACACUGCCAUGUAAUUAACAUGGUUUCCAUGCCCCCGUCGAAUCUGCAGCCUAUUCAGCCACUGACAUUAGCAGAAGCCCCACGUUUGCUGUCGUUAUGGCAUGAAA